AUGGCGACUGUCAUUCAUAAUCCUCUAAAAUCGCUUGGUGACCAGUUCUAUAGGGAGGCCAUCGAGCACUGUCGCAGCUACAAUGCCCGUCUGUGUGCUGAGCGCAGUGUGCGCAUGCCCUUCCUGGACUCACAAACUGGUGUAGCACAGAACAACUGCUACAUCUGGAUGGAAAAGCGACACCGCCAGCCAGGCCAGGCGUCAGGACAGAUGUAUACCUACCCUGCUCGUUGCUGGAGAAAAAAGAGGCGACUCCACCCUCCCCUCGAUCCACAGCUCCGCCUGUGUGAGCUUCGAUUAGAAGCAGAGUUGGCCCCGAAGCGUGAGGUACCCCCAGGGGAGGCCACAGCUUUAGAGGCCCUCCUGAGGGGGGAAAACGUACUGGAGAAAAAAAACAACAUCAAUAAAGAAGAAGAGACCUUGCUGGAAAUACAGAGAGUUCUGGAGGCAGAUGAAAACGGAGAUGGUUUCCAUGAUGACGAAGACUUCGAACUGGAAACUCCCAAGAGAAAGAACAGAAACAGAGGCAAAAACCGAGGAUCCAGUCGGAGGAGAACAGAACCUGUUAAUGCUGAUGACCAGGACAAACCUUACGUCUGUGACAAUAGAUACAAACAAAAGCAUAACUCAAAAAAGGCUGAAGAAGUCUGUGGAAAACGCUACAAGAACCGACCUGGCCUGAGCUACCACUACACCCACACUCACCUCGCAGAAGAGGAGGGAGAGGAAGAAAAGGAAGCAGAGAUGACCCCGUCUCCUCCACACAGCUCCGAUAACCACAAACCUCAGAAGGGUCCAGAUGGUGUCAUCAUUCCCAACGACUACUGUGAUUUCUGCCUCGGAGACCAGGGCUCCAACAGGAAAACAGGGCAGGCUGAGGAGCUGGUGUCCUGCUCUGACUGUGGACGUUCUGGUCACCCCACAUGCCUGCAGUUCACUGAUAACAUGAUGCAGGCAGUGAGGACAUACCAGUGGCAGUGCAUCGAGUGCAAGUCUUGCAGCAUCUGUGGCACUUCAGAGAACGAUGACCAGCUGCUGUUCUGUGAUGACUGUGACAGAGGAUACCACAUGUACUGCCUGAAGCCUCCGAUGACCCAGCCUCCUGAAGGGAGCUGGAGCUGUCACUUGUGUCUGGACCUGUUAAAGGACAAAGCCUCGGCUUAUGGAGAAGUGUAACGCCCUGAACAUUCCUCUCAGCACACACAGUAUAUAUAUUUGUACAUAUACAUAUGACUGUUUGACAUGCUCACACACAUCAACCUUUCUCUCAGAUAGAAUCCAACACACACAGGAACAAACACUCUCUCUCUCUCUCUCUCUCUCUCUCUCUCUCUCUCUCUCUCUCUCUCUCUCUCUCUCUCUCUGUCUCACACACACAUACACACACAGUUCAGUGCAUUAGCAGGCUCAGGGCAGUUUCCUGUGUGAGGCGAACAGAUCCUCUACCUCUCAUAUAGCCAAGCAACACUCCAGAUGCAAAUGCCAUCAACAUGCAAUCUCGACCGUAAGUCAGCUAACAGCAGGUCUGCCGCUCAGUCAUUUCUCUACCUCACCACUCGCAAACGGCAAGAAGCCAAAGCAAGAUUGAUGAUGGCCAAUACUGUGUAGUACAUGUACAGUAUGUGUAUGUGAAGCACAUGUUCAUUUAAACCAAACAUCUGAAAUCCCUGGAUGGCGGCAGAUGUUUUUCCCUCUGAUUUAAAUGCAUUUGAGUACAAUUUGGAAGAUGUUUCUCCCAGAGUAUUUUCCAAAGCUCUGCAGUUCAAGCUCAAUAGUGGGGGAACCUGAGUAAUGUUUGUUUAAAAUUCUCCUUCCAGCUCUUCUCCUCUCCUUGUGUUUAGACUUUACAGUGACAUUCCUAUUUUAUAUCUGGACAGGCUCAGUGUUAUGUUAUGCCAUCUUUCACAGGUUUUGUCAAGCUUGGUAAAAUUUAUAUCCAGCGCUAAGAGGAAACGGGGCCUUGACUAUCAUUCCUUUUGGACCGCUGUGACAUUUUUAAUCUGCGUCUGUUUUCUGUAUCCUUGCAGUUGCUAGGAUACCAUGGUGCUCAAAUGUGACAAUUUAUAAACAAGAAUCCUUUACACAGAAUGAAACACGGUAUUUAUGCAUUGUUGGUAACAGUCCAGUGUUACUGUCAAGGAGAUCAUUGUUACUGUAAAUCAGUGGUUCCCAAACUUUUCCUGUCAUGCCCCCUCCCCCCCUUUGGAUGCCUUUCCACCCCACCCAAACACAUUAACAGAUCGUUUUAAACAAGAACUCUGCACAAGGGUCUUAAAUAUGUAUACGAUGGCUACGUACAUGAUAUAGCUAAAGCUAAAGCAUUAAGGCUAAAGCUGUUACAAGUCACUAGUGCAGUGAGGUAGAAGUUUUAAACUAAAGGAAGUAGACAAGGGUAUAAGAAAUGCUACUAAUAAUAAGAAAGUAGUGCAGAAACGAUCAAAGUUCUAAAAGAAGUUGAAGGGGCUCAUGUG